AUGUCUUCCCCAAACACUCGCACCAAGAGCUUUUCUUCUUCACACUAUCCUGCCUAUCUCACCGGAGAUGGGGUCGAUCAACAUGCGAUUGAGUUUGGCUCCGUGCCGGAAGAAAUCGCGGACCUGCUUAAGGAAGAUGUUGAGGCCCCUCUGUGCCUCCAAAGUCCCACGGCUCUGUCUUUUCAUACUUGGGUCAGUAAGAACUUGAGUCAUUCAUAUCCUUCGAGUGAAAUGAGGAACAAUGCAGUGAGUUGGUCUGAUUGGAUCGACAAACUUCUCCCAAGGCAUGGAACUUAUUGGAAGAAGGCUGGGAUUUACGACGCGAUCCUUUUGUCUAGGAACUCUGUCAAUAGAGACGAGAACCUGCUGGCUGCUGCCUUGUCUUUCUGGAACUCUGCCAGUAACACCUUCGACUUUCGUUUAGGUCCCAUGAGUCCAACCCUGCUAGAUCUGGCUCAAAUAUUUGGGUUCAGGCCCCAUGGGAGGCUUGCUGAUGCUGUUGGUGACUACCAUAGAGGAAAGAAUCGACAGAGAUUGGCCAAGCCCUUUACCAUUCCUGUUACCACGAUCAACCAAAACUGUUCCUUCUCCAAUUUUUUGAAGAAGUUUAGUACUGAAAAGGAUAAGGAUCAGCAACACAUGUUGUUCCUUCUAUACUGGUUGAACAGGUUCGCCUUUCCCAACCGCUUCUCGGCACCUCUGCUGGAAUACAAGAAUUUGGCAGAAGCCUUGCAUAAUCAUGCUGAUGUAGGACUUGGCCCCACAGUUCUGGCUCACUUGUACAAGAAUCUUCACAGCGCCACUCUAUAG